AAGGAAUAAUCUGGAGAAGACAUUCCACCGGCGCUUGCCAGUGGACCAGCACCAACACCUGAAGCCCAAACAGGUCGAUCGCACCAACAGAUUGUACGGAUAUGGGCAGCUGCUGGGAGGAGAGAUCGAUAAAGAGAUUAAUAAGAUCCAAGUGAUCGAGUAGGUUUCAGACUCUCUCUUUCUGAAGGGAGACGAAGAAGAAUCUUCAGAGAACCGCCAGCUACUUACUUCGUCCCAUGGAAGGAGAUCGAGGAGCUCCGCGCAGCUGCUACGAACUAGAGGUGCCCUUCUCCACUACUCCACAGCCAAUUCAAGAGAUGGGUGGUUUUAUGCAGUUCGAAGAAAGCCAGGGCCUAAGCUUCUUGGUCCCUUCUCAGUCGUCUCAGCUGUCUCUGCCUCUCAACCACAACAACAAUGGCAGCAGCAACAGCGUGGGGCUUAAUGGCAACGAAGUUGCUACGAGGCCUCUUUGGAAUGACACCCAGGUGGGGAAGUUGGACGCCAAGACUAUUAAUGAAGAGAACUCCAGCGGUAACGUUAACGAUGGCAACAAUAAUUCAUGGUGGAGAAAUUCAUCUUCAGAUAAGAACAAAGUAAAGGCGAGGAGGAAGCUUAGAGAACCAAGAUUUUGUUUUCAAACAAGAAGCGAUGUGGAUGUGCUAGACGAUGGUUACAAAUGGAGGAAGUACGGACAGAAAGUUGUCAAGAAUAGCCUCCACCCCAGUUACUAUCGUUGCACACACAAUAAUUGUCGAGUGAAGAAGAGGGUUGAACGCUUAUCUGAAGACUGUCGAAUGGUGAUAACAACUUAUGAAGGUAGACACACUCAUUCUCCAUGUGAUGACUCAAAUUCAGCUGAACAUGAAUGCUUUGGCUCAUUUUGACAACUCAAUAAAAGGAAGAAAAGCCAUAUCGUAGUGUUUGUAUAAUGUGUGCAUCUGUUGUAAGAAUCUUUCAUGAGGGAUUGCAUUUCUUUGUAUAAAUUAAAUGGCUAUUGUUCAAAAUAUUAAUCCAAAUCUGAAUUAUAUGCUUA